GCCUGCCGUGCGCGGCUGGUGCUGCGCGUGUGCCCGGCCUCCCGGUCGUCAUGGAGGAGGUCUCGGCGGAGCUGGACGAUGAGGAACAGCUGCUGCGAUGGCAUCGCAAGGAGAAGAAGGAGCUGCAAGCCAAGAUUCAGGGAAUGAAGAACGCUGUUCCCAAAAACGACAAAAAGAGGCGCAAGCAGCUCGUUGAAGAUGUAGCUAAGUUGGAGAGAGAAAUGGAGCAGAGACAAAGGGAAGAGCUGGAGCAGUUGAAAUUGGCUUUCGCGGAGAGUAAGAUAGAUUCUGUCGCUGUUAACAUUUCAGACUUGGUACUUGAGAACCAGCCACCUCGGAUUUCCAAAGCACAAAAGAGACGGGAGAAAAAGGCUGCACUGGAAAAGGAGCGGGAGGAAAGGAUAGCUGAGGCUGAAAUUGAGAACCUAGCUGGAGCUAGGCAUGUAGAGAGUGAAAAACUCGCUCAGAUACUGGCCGCCAGAGAAUUGGAAAUCAAGUAUAUUCCAUCUGACGGCCAUUGCAUGUACGGAGCACUGGAGGAUCAGCUGAGAGAGCAGGACUGUGCCCUAACUGUGGCUGCCCUCCGGAAGCGCACUGCUGAGUACAUGCAGAGCCAUUCAGAAGACUUCCUGCCCUUCUUAACAAACCCCAAUACCGGGAACGUGUAUACUCCAGAGGAAUUUGGAAAGUACUGUGAUGACAUUGUGAACACAGCAGCGUGGGGAGGUCAGCUUGAGUUAAGAGCUCUGUCUCACAUUCUACAAACACCAAUCAAGGUACUACAAGCAGACGCUCCUCCUAUUGUAGUUGGUGAAGAAUAUUCGAGGAAUCCUUUAGUACUAGUAUACAUGAGACAUGCAUAUGGCUUAGGAGAACAUUAUAAUUCUGUCACACGGGUGGUGAAUUCGGCUACUGAAAAUUGCAACUAGUUUACAAAAUGUAACACUAUGUUUUAUAGAGUGUGCCAAUCUGCAUAUUCCUAUCAAGUGCUAGAUUGUUGCAAUGCCUCUGAAAAACACAGCUACCUUAAGUCAGUUUUAUGAAUGAAUAAGCUUGCUAACAGGCUUUUUAGAAAUCCGUUGGAUUGACUUUAACCA